AUGACCACCAUCACAGACGAAACCAUCACAUCUCUCGUCACCAUCAACACCACCAUGAAGACUGCCAAAGCCCCAGUCACCACCACAGAGAGCAUCAAGCCACACAUCAUCACCACAGACACACCAGUCCCGGCUGUCAACACAGAGAUCACCACGGCCAUCACAGAAGAGAUGACCAUCACCGUGGACAUCAUCAUCAUCAUCAUGCACACUCCCACAGCCCAACUCGUCAGCAUGGUGAACGCCACAGUGCAGUUCACCAUUAUCGUCAUGGGAGCCACCAUGGACAUGCUCACCACCAUCGUCAUGAAGACCACCACGGCCAUCCCCACCACCACCAUGAAGACCACCACGGCCAUCCCCACCACCACCAUGAAGACCACCAUGGCCAUCCCCACCACCACCAUGAAGACCACCAAGGUCAGCCCCACCACCACCACCAUGAAGACCACCAAGGUCAGCCCCACCACCACCAUGAAGACCACCAUGGACGUUUUCACCAGCAUCCCCACCACCACUCCCAUCACUCCCAUGUUCAUCACCAUCGUCAUACGGACCAUCAUAGCCGUGCUGAUCACCAUUCAGACCACCAUAAGCAUAAAGUCCAACACACUAUCACACAACAGCAUGGAGACCAGAAAAAUCCAGACCAUUGUCAAGAAGACCAGCACAUACCAGAUCAUCAUUAUGAAGACCACCACAGUCCAGGUCACCAUCAUGAAGACCACCACAGUCCAGGUCACCAUCAUGCAGAUCACCACAGUCCAGGCCACCAUGAUGAAGGCCAUCACAGUCCAGGCCACCAUCAUGGAGACCAUCACAGUCCAGGCCACCAUCAUGCAGACCAUCACAGCCCAGGUCAUCAUCAUGGAGACCAUCACAGCCCAGGUCAUCAUCAUGGAGACCAUCAGAGUUCAGGCCACCACCAUGAAGGCCAUCACAGUUCAGGCCACCAUCAUGCAGACCAUCACAGUCCAGGCCACCAUCAUGCAGACCAUCACAGUCCAGGCCACCAUCAUGCAGACCAUCACAGUUCAGGCCACCAUCAUGGAGACCACCACAGUCAAGGCCAUCAUCAUGGAGGCCACCACAGCCCAGGCCAUCACCAUGGGGACCACCAUAGUCCAGGCCAUCAUCAUGGAGACCACCACAUUUCAGACCCUCACAAUGAAAACCAUCCUACUCCAGGCCAGCAUCAUGGACACCACCACAGCCAAGGCCAUCAUCAUGAAGACCACCAUGGAGAACAUCAUAGUCCAGCCCGCCAUCAUGGUCACCACCAUAGUCCAGAUCAUCAUCAUCAUCAUCAUGGGCACCACCAUAUCACACUCCGAAAGCAAUGAUCUUGACCAUGAAGGCCUCAGUGAACACAACUGUCAUUUAAAGGGACAUUCCGCAGGGAUCCCACUCUCGCACAGGACCAGGAAUACGAGCAGCCCCUCCAGUCAGGAUGAGGAGCAGACCAGUUUUACCACCGCGGCAUUACAUAAGGAAAAAGCUAAUGAGAUCGGGCGAAUUAUGGUCCUACAGGAGCAAAAUGAGGGUCUUCACCAGAGUCUGCUGAAGACGGCGGUGAGGAUGGAGUGCCUCGGAGAGGAAUUCAUCAGCAGCCAGAAGCUGCUGGAGGCUGAACUUCAGAGGACACGGAUGGAGCUCAGCAACCUCACAGAAAGAUUUAAAAGCCUACACAGUGACUGUUCUUCCACUCAGCAGACCAAUAGCCUUCUGGAGAAAACACUUAACUCAGUGUCGCAGAACAUGGAAGGAGAGCGUGAGAGGUUACACCGACGGAUUUCUGAGCUGACUGAGCAGCUCUCUAAUACGAAGUAUGGGAACUCAGUGGAAGCAUUCAAUGUUAGCUCAGUGCUACACCAAACCGACUUCCCGUUUCAUUCUGACGAUGCCGCCCACGAUUCCAUCAAUCAGGUCGUUGUGCCUAUUGCCCCCCCUCCGGCUCAGUUCAUGGACAACCACAGCUAUGAGAAGGUCAAACAAUCCGGGCAAGAGCAACCCCUGGGCUCGGUUCCAGAGGAGGAGGAGUCCGACUGGUCGGAGAUGGGAGAAGAUAUUCCGCGCUUCAUACUGACGGGAUCAAACCGAGGGCAAGUGUGGACACACCGGGAGGAAGAUCUGGAAAAAGACCAAUCAGGAGGAGAGGGGAAUGACAUCAAACAAAUCUCUUCACAUCCACUGCAGAUUCCCCACCUGCAGUUCUCCGUCCACAACGAGUGUAAUUCUUGUCACUCCGGCUUUAAGAAUCUGUCCGAAGACAUGAAUGAUGAGGGAAGUUACAGGAUCACUACAAGCCCAAUUCACGGGUCCACCAUCCUGAUUCGGUCUGCCAGCCUGGAGGAAAUCCCCCUGGCGGGCCACCACAUGCAGAAAGAGCUGCGAGGCACGGGGGCCAUGAUGAACCUCCACCACACCGCCGUGGAAGUGAUCGGGGAUUUAGACAAUGAGAUCAUCCAUCACUGGAGAACAGGCGGUGACAGAGACGCGGUUAUCGGCCGGUCGACGGCCAGCGGCGUGUCAGAGACGGACGGCGGCCUGGCCGGCCUGCAGUCGGCUGAGCGGAUCCUCAACCACUUCCGGUGUCAUUCGCCGUCUGCAGAGGGCGGCGAGCAGAGUACAGCUGAGUUUCAUGCCUGGAAAGGAGAGAUUCCAGAUGAGGUGUUGAAAGGGGAGAGAACAGAGCUGUGA